AUGUGGGGCCAGGUCAGAACGAUGCGCUACAUACUCUUCUGUGUUCUCUCCCUCUCGCUCAAUAGGAACCUCGCGUUCGUCCUCGACAAACAGAAUCCCUACUCACAAUUCCGCAAGUGGAACGCAGGCUUGAAUGGUACCUUGGAGCUAGAAUUCAAAACCGAUCAGCCGAACGGACUGCUAUUGUACACGGACGACGGCGGGACUUACGACUUCUUCGAACUGAAGCUGGUGAAUGGAGCCCUCAGACUGAGGUACAACCUGGGCGGCGGGGCUCAGAUUAUAACGGUUGGAAACAAUUUAAACGACGGCCACUGGCACAAAGUUCAGGUGGGUCGUCGCGAUGAGCACACGUCUCUGUCAGUGGACGGCAGUACUCAGAGCAAGGCGUCCCGCGGCAAGGAGUUCGACUUCGGCAAGUUCAAUACAAAUUCAGAUGUCUUCAUCGGAGGGAUACCGUCAUCGUACAAUUCAAAGCUGACGACCCUGGCUCUGCCGUCAGUGAUAUUUGAGCCCAAGUUCCGUGGUUCAGUUCGCAACCUGGUGUACUCCGACUUACCUGGACAACCUCCACGCAGACAGGAGCUACGACACUCAAGAGAUCUGAAGGUGAGACACUAUUAUAUGUGA